UAAUCUUCUUUUGCCACCACCAAAGCAACUUCAAAUUAAGCUUAACCAAAAAAGACAAAAUGAAACAUAACUUAGUGUCAACCUUUCUCUUCUUGUUUCUCCAAUGCAUUGGCAUUUUGGCUCAAGGUCCAACUCCAGCUCCAACUCCACCAACUCGAGCUUCGGCUCCUGCUCCCGGACCACCUGGUCCGACUAAUGUGACAAAAAUCCUAGAAAAAGCAGGCCAAUGUUCAACGUUUAUUCGAUUGUUACAAACCACUCAAGAAAUCAGCCAAAUAACCUCAUUACUAAACAAUUCCAACAGUAUCACUAUCUUUGUGCCACCAGAUAAUGCAUUUUUGAGUAUGAAAGCCGGGACUUUGAAUUCGUUUAAUGAUCAGCAGAAAGCAGAACUGAUCAAAUUCCACAUUCUGCCACAAUACUUCUCCAUUUCUCAGUUCCAAACUGCUAGCAAUCCUGUACAGACACAAGCCGGUGGAACCAGUAACCGCGAAUUCCCAAUCAACAUAACAACAAAUGGCACUUCAGUGAAUAUAACUACUGGAAUUGUCAAUGCAAGUAUUUCUAGUACAAUUUACACAGAUAGCCAGUUAGCUAUUUAUCAAGUGGACAAAGUUCUUCUCCCAUUGCAAUUCUUUGUCCCUCCUGCACCAGCACCUGCUCCUGCACCACCUAAGCCGAAAAAGAAAGCUGAUUCGUCGGAUUCUGACUCUACUUCUGCUCUAUCUUCUGGUGCAAUCUCUCUGGUUCCAGACAUAAUUUGUGCAAUCAACUCUCCCCGCGGAUUUGUCUUGUUCUUGGCUGUGUUUUCUUUUGUAUAUGUGAGCUCAUAAUUAAGUUGAAGUUGAUAUUAUUGUGCAUGCCUGCAUUGCUGUGAUUUCAUUUAAUUGUAAUUUUGGUUUCUGCCAUUUAAUUGUAUUGCAUGCAUGCAUUGUUGUGAUUUCAUUUAAUUGUAAUUUUGGUAUACGCCGUGUAAAUUUGAUUUGGUUUUA